AUGUCACCGACAACUGUGAAAGGAGAGCAGAUCUACCGAGAUGCAUGCGACGAGAUGAAGGGUUGGAACGCGGAAGUUUCAGAGAAGCUAAAGAGGGAGUGGAUCAAAUGGUCUACGCAAUUGAAGCCUGUGAGAGUUCCAAAAAGCAUAGCAAGAGGAGCUGGUCGAGUGCAAGCCGUACAUCUUCAUUUAUUCGCUGACGCCAGUAACGUUGCAACCAUAACCGUAAUCGAAAGCACGGCAGGAGUAGUUCAAGGUUUACUCACCUCAAAAUCUAGAAUCUUAAAACGAGCCACAUCUACUGCGAGACUAUAA